AUGGCAAUUGCAGUGGAAAACCCUUCAGACACUCAUAAGAUUCUAGGAAAUGAUGGUUUUAGUUUGAAUGAAAGUGUAUAUUCCGCUGAUGCACCAAAACGAUUUUCCAUGGGUAAUUUUAUUGUUCAAAGUAAUAAAAGCACGAAAUCUGCAGAGAUUCAGGCUUCUUCGCCGGAUGUGUUGGAAGAAGCAACGACCACAGCAAUUGGGAAGUCUGUCCAUAAUAAUCCUAAAAGAAAGACCAUAAAGGAAUUCCCUGUGAGACGCAAGGGAUCUGUGAGAGGCGUGCGUUAUUUUAAGGUACCCACUGAUGUACCCUCCAACACCAAAUCCCAACGAAGAAUAUCGAAGUUUGACAAACCCGAAGAUCUUGAUACGAUAUUCUCCCAUAAAUCGAGACAAAGUCUCUUGGAAAAUCCUGCAUAUAUGAUUCAAUACUUCACAAAGAAUUUGGAACUACUCAAACAUAACCCAAAACUAGAACAUAAAGUUGUGAAAGCAGAAUUGGAAAUCAACGCCUUUGAAGCAACACCUGCUCCGAAUAAAGAAAGAAAAUACCAUUCAUUACCUGUUAUGAGUAAAUCUAAAUCUCCAAUAAACGUCAAAGAAAUGCAACGUAACCAGAGACAAUCAGCACCAGUUCGUCUUGUAUACAAACCCACGGAUCUAACUUUGGCCGAAUACCUCAAUACCCCACUUGAUUUUUAUUCUCAUAAAAAGAAAAACUCAAAAACUUCGAUAGAUGAGAUCAAACUACGCCAAACUUCCAAUGAAUCAGUUGCGACUUCUACGGCAUCUCUAAGAAGGGCUCGUUUUACUGAUUCACAAUUGGGUGGUCGAAAACUGACAACAAAGAGGACAGAUAAUAUCUUGAAAAAAGCCGAACCUAAGAACGUCAAAAGCAAUUCUGUCUCUUCAGAUCUGGAUGAUCCAGCAAAAAGAAAACGCUCACUGCAGAGAGAAUCUAUGUACCUGUCAAAGAUUGGUGCUCCUUUGCGAGACACGGGAGCAGGAGUGAAGGUGGAGGUAUCGGGUAUUAAGAGAAAAAGUGACUCUGGUAAUCUGAGUAUCGCAACAGGAAACGAUUUGUACAAUGAAAUCAAAAGUGACAUCUUUGGACGAAGAUUUAAAUCUUGGAGACAUGUGGAACGAUACCUUGAGAAAAAAUAUCCACAUCUAGUGGACAAUACCUAUUUUAUGACUAGAUUUAUGCAUGAAAUAUACAUGCGACGGGUGGUAGCAGCACGUAUUGCUUUGAAGCUAGGUUCAGACAAAGCAAACAGAGGAGCAGAAAGCGAAGUAUGGGUGGGUUUGAAAGAGAGCAUUGCUGCCGUUUAUGGUGAAGACAAUGCGUCUUUCUUUGAGGGCAAAAAUCAUUCAUGA